CCCGAGGGCUUUUUUCCCCUUCCAGUCUUUCCCAGCCCGGCCCCCUCUUUUGCUUGGGACUCUUUUUGCGGAGAGAGAGACAAACUGUGUGAAAGUGAACCUCUCCACUUGAGUUUUGUUUUUUCUUCUUCUAUUCUUUCUUUUCUCUUCUUUGAAUCAUGUGUUCACAAUUCUUAUUACAGGUUCAAAUACCUUUAAGUCGUUUGCUGUGGGGGUAUUUCUUUCUUCGCUUCUUACUCUUCCUUUUCACGCCUCAUCCCGGCCGAGCGCAUCUUCACUGCUCAUGUCAGCCGGCAGAUUUGACAUGCAGACAACCCCCCCCAAAAAAACAAAAAUCUUUUGCGGGGAUGUUAAACAUCACCUGUAAUGUUUGUGCACCAUGCUGCCUUGAAUUAUUCUUCUUCUUGACACAAUUCUUCCCCGCGGAUACAUCCGCAACACUACUGCAUGGAGACAAGACUUCUAUUAGACUAUUCAGCUUUCACCGACAAGAAAAAUUAGGUAAGGCUUCUGCAUUCUUGCCAUUCUUCAUGAUUGUGUGUUACAUGUUACAGCUUCUGGCCCCAUUAUCCCCUCAGCUGGCUGGGCACGAGGAAGCCAGGUUCCAUGCCCGCUGUGAAACAAAGAGAAGUAAAAUCUCGGGUGACUUGCAGCCACUUGAGGUUGCUGCAUCCUCUCGCCUGCAUCUUUACAAUUGGACAGAAAAAAUGAACCAUUGCAGGCUUCCUUGUGACUGUCAUGAAAGAUCAGCUCGCUUAAGAUAUCAGACGGUCAAACUGGUAUGCUGCUUUCAAACAUUGGCUAGUAGAAGCGUCCGUGUAAUGGGUUAGGUUUAGCAUCAAGGUUUGCUGAGACAUCAGAAUGCAAGUCAUUGUGCACUACUCGGCGCAAGGCGGGUCAAGAAAAGAUGUAGACCCUCUUUGUAUAGUCAGCAUCAUGAGCCGUCUUCCACUUUUCGCUUCACAUCCAGGCAUGCCAUUAGACAUGCCAUUAUAUAAUCAAACCCAUAUGCCCUGAAUUUCGCCGAUUGU